GAAGCAACUUUUUCCUUAGCGAAAAUAUUGUCCGAGGCUUCGUUAAACAGAUAUUAACAAAAAACCCCAAACAGUCAGAGCGCGAGUAUGCCGGUGGAGCGUAGGCUACGCGCUAAGCGGCUUCGCUCAUAUGCUACCGUGGGCGCUCCACCGGCAUACUCGCGCUCUGAUUGGUCAGUGUUUUCCGUUAAUAUCUCCUCAACGAAGCCUCGGACAACAUUUUCGCUAAGGAGAAAAUUGUUUCAAAUCACCUCCCGAACCAACCCUUUCAAGGUGUUACAACAUUUUUGGGACACCCUGUAUUUUGUUCACGUUCCUCUGCGUAAUAUUAUUUAUUGAAUAUCUUUGAGUAUUUCGCUAAUCUUUGAAAUCAGCAGUUUCUUUUAGUACAUAUAACAGUAUUUUGGAUAUUAGGACAAAAGAAGCGAUACGAAAUAUAAAACGUUCAUAUAAAAUGAAAUGUAAAAGUAGUAACGGUUUCCUGUGUUCAGUGAGCAGUUGUAAAGAGAAAUCGGAGACAAGUCAGUAUCUCAGUUUUUUUCGCUUUCCAUCUCAGCCAAUAAGAGCGAAAGCAUGGGCUCAAGCAUGUGGCAAGAAAAAGGAUAUGUCACCUACAAAGUUGUAUUCUACUCAUAGAGUGUGUUCCAAACAUUUUGCUCCACACAUGUUCUUAAACAAUUUAAGGAAUCGUUUACAACCACAUGCAAUUCCAGUCUUAAAUAUUGAAGAAAAUGAUACUACACCAACUGAAAUCAAUGUACAAGCUUCACCAGAUCAUUGUGGGCAAGAUACAAAACCAGACAUGUGUAACCUUGUGCCUACAUGUUCAAUAACUAAUUUGACAGGCAUUAAUGAACGCACAGAAAAUGAUAGUCAUGUAUCAAAACAUGAUAAAAGUGUUCAAGUUCAAUUAGAAAUAGCAGACUGUUGCUCGAGCAAAAUAACAGCUCUGAAGAAAAAAUGUGACGCUGCAGUAAAAAGAGCAAAGCGUGCAAAGAUAAGAAGUAAAAAGGAAAAGACUCAAAAAUACAUGACGCUUGAUGAAUUGCAUGAUCUUAUGUCUCAAUUUUAUCCCAAAACAAUGAUAGACUUUUUGAGAAACCAAGCAGCUAACCUGAAGAAAGAAGAAUGGUGAUAGAUAUAUUGAAGAAUUUAAAAUGUUUCGUUUGACAUUAUACAUAAAAGGACCAAAAGCUUAUAGAGUAUUAUGGAAUACUUUUAUUUUGCCUUCAAAAAGAACACUGAAGAAGAUGAUUCAAAGUUUAAUUAUUUCUCCAGGUUUGAAUGACAUUGUGUUUGAAUUUUUUUAAAUAAAAACUACAAAUUUAAAAGAUUUAAAUAGAUAUUGCUGUAUAAGUAUCGACACUGUCAUUAAAACCCAGUUUACUCACUGUUUACAAUUUAUUAACGCACACAUUACAUAUCACACUUUAAAAUUUGUUGAUACAUUGUUAACUUCACGUAAGUGUAAUGCAAUUCAUUUUGUUACUUUUUAAGCAUUAAAAUGUUAUUACUAAUCUUUUUAAUUUACAAUUCAUUAAUACAGAUACUUGUUUACAGAUGAUUGAAUUUUGUCCGGAACAUCGUAUUCAACAGAAAUGAAUUUUCCAUGUAAGACGAAUACUUUAAAUUAUAAGUCGUAAAUUUUUCCAGGAAAUGUUUGAAUUAUUAAUGAAGAAAUUACAAUGUAAUUUGACAUAUUGUACAUACUUCAAUUGUAGAUAAUCUAAGUGUAACUACGUUGAUUAUAAAUAAAAUAAAAGAAUGGUA